CAGCAGCUUCACUGAACAGGUCUAGUCCAGGUCCAGGUCUAGUCUGCUCCACCUCAACAGGAAAAUCGCUGAUUCAAGGUCUCAGCGGGAAUAAAAGUUGUUUUAUAAAUGUUUCCCCGGGUCAGUGGGACUGUCGCGUCGACAUGAUGGCAGUAAGUGGGGGUGCUGCUUGAUUAGGGCGGCUGAAGAAGGCCUUUAUUUUGAAAGCAGCGACAGGAAGUGCCAGAGAAGAGUCUUCAGUCCAAAUGUUCCUGUUGUGAAAUUCCUCAAGUUCCUUUUGUUCGGGGGUCCGGGUCCGGGCUGAACGGGUUUCUGGCCUGAUAGAGGCACAGUGAUAGGACCACCGGGACACGGUCCGGGUUAGAGAGCGGACUGAGCCGGACCGGGUCUGAGCGGCUCCUCGGGACACCUUUUCCAGAAGUUUAAGGAAAGUCGAGGGGAAAGGAGGGAAGGAGGAAGAUGAGGAGGAGGAGGAGCUGAGCAAUGUGGCAAAACUGUGGAGAACGACGUCAGUAGUUGAGUCAGUGUCGGAGACUGAGAUGGAGGGAGAGAAGGAGCGACAGCGGGAGGAGAAGGAGAGUAACGAGGCAGAGGAUGACAGGAGGAGCGAUGAUGAUGCCGACAACGAAGAGGAGGAGGAGGAUGAAGAUUCGGAGGGUGCAGCGCUGGUGUGGCAGGAAGGCUACGGUGAGGACAAUCUGGGCCUUCCCAUCAUGCACUGGGAGGCGCUGAGCCUGCGCAUCGCUGAGCUGGAGAAACAAGAGGAGGAGAAGAAGGAGAAAAAGGCAAAGAGUGGAGUCCCUCUGGAGAGAGGCAGAGCUCCGGUGAGCUGGUCGGAGGAGAGAGGCAGGAGAGCAGAGAGCUGGGAGGACGGAGACGACGCCUGCAACAGCCACGUCCUGGCCCUCACCUCCCGGCUGCAGACACAGAUGAAUCUUCAGCUCUGCUUCAUCAACAACAGUGAGAGUGAGGAAGAAGAGGAGAAAGAGGGAGAUAACAGCAAGAAGGAGAGCUCCAGCUCCCGGAGAGGGACUGUCCAGGUUCAGAAGAAUCCUCCAACUGCUUCUAAGCCAGAGAAACCGAAGUCCAGAGGCUUCAGGAGCACCCUGAGGAGUCUCCGAGACCGGCUGAGGACCACAGACCACAAGACCCUGACUGCAGCUCAGACUGGUCCGGUGGUCCAGAGGAGACAUGUGGAGCGUAGUGAUCUACAGAGCUUCAGUUUAAAGGAGCUCAGUUCUCUCUGCGAUUCUCUCCGCCAGACCAUCCAAGACCUGAGCUCGGACCUUGUGGGUCGCCUCCAGGUCCGGGACCAGCUGAGGACUGAGCAGGACGCCAUGCUGCUGGAGGUCCAGGAUCUGACCUCAUUGUGAAGCAGCCGAGGUUCACACGAACAUUUGAACACUGUUUUUAUAGGACGAUGUCACAGUGACCUCACAAACACCUCCAUGUGACCAAAGUCUGAGCAGCCAAUCACUGAGAGGACUGAGAUGACAUCAUUCAGCUGCUCAGUGUUUAUGUUGUUGUCUGUGUUUAUGUGUUUUAUAAGGGAAAUUUAGUCAAGUCCGAGGGUGAGGGUGAUGAUGGUGAUGGUGAUGGGGGUGGAGCCUUACGGUACACCGAACUGAGCUGGACACCAGAUCCAGCAGUGGACACGUUUUGCCUUCAGACUCAGAGUCGGACCAGAAGAUCAGGACCAGUUUCUUCUCCACGGAGUCCACAACACAUUCAGGUCCAGGUCCUGUUAAACCAGCUCAACACCAAGACCGGAAGAACCUGGUCAGCAGUGGAGUCUCUGAGCCUCAGCUGUCAAGAUGAAGGUUUGGGGUUCAGCUGAUGUUGUUGUCAGAGAUGCUCAGCAGUUGUGUUUGAGUGUUUCUGUUUGAACCCUGACCUCAGUCUGUGCUGACAUCAUCAGUCACUACAGCUGUGGAGAAACCACCAGCCGAUCUCUGAACUUCCUGUUUGUGUUCACACAGUCACCGUGAAUCCAGAUCUCCUCAGUCCCACAGUCCUGCUGAGCUGAUGAUGAUCUGGUCUUUAGUCCUCCUCAUGAAGACUCGGUCUGACCAAUCACAUCACUGCUCUGUUCAGGACACUGAGCUCUGAGUGUUGAUUGGCUCCAUGUACAGCUCAUCAAAGUAUGAUUGAUUAAUCAGAUGUUUCACUGACAGAACAGCCUGUGGAGGGUUUGUCCGCCGUGGAGCAGAGCUUUGAUGAGCAUGAGGUCAGGUUGUAUCCUGUGGAGGUGUGAUCCAUGUUCCUGUUGAUUGAUCUGUCUGUGGUGCUAUCACGGUAACAUUGAAUUUGUUAUGUCUUUGUGAAGAGGAGCAGAGGGAGAUUCACUCAGUGUGUUUUUAUAAACCUGGACUGAGACAGAAAACAUCCAAAGAGCAGCACCUGUAGUAAACAGAAGAACUUUAUUUGACUGACGCGUUUCAGCUUGUGGGUUUCAUCAGGGUCAUCAGAGAACAUAUCACACCAAACAUUUAAAUAGGAUACGUAUGAAACAAAAAAAAACAGCCAAUCAUAUGUCAGCACAUACAUAUCUGCCUACGGAGCUUCUACAAAGGUGGGUUGGGCCAAUCGUUGUCUCAGGCUGGUGGAGAAUGUCCAAUAGAGGACCUGGGUGCCGCCAUGUGUAGUUCAUAGCCUGGAGAAGGAUUGUCCCAAAUGUGUCCAUUUGAUAUGGCAUAGCAGCCCCCCAAAAAACUUCAAUAAAAAAUGAGAAUAUAACUUGAUGGUGUAAAGCGGUAUAGUUUCAUACCUAUUUUAUUUGAAUGUUACAUGUGAUAUGUGAUGAUGACCCUGGUGGAGCCCACAAGCCGAAACGCGUCAGUCUAAUAAAGUUCUUCUGUAUUCUACAAGUGCUGCUGGAGUUUUGACCUCUUUGGACCUUUUCCUUUCUCCAUGCACUGUGGAUGAAGGUGAAGUUGUGCCAGAAACUUUCCUUUGAGACAGAAAAACAUCACAGGACAUUGUCAAGUCUGUAGAGACAAAUACAUUAAAUCAGUGUUGUUGAUGUUUUCACGCAAAGAUCCACUUCACAACUAAAAUGAUCAUGAAAUGACACAACCAGUUAGAAAUAACAGACUUCAUUAUAACAGUGUGUUUUACCAGUACAGUAUCUGUACAGGGAGUUAAUGCUUGUCAGUGCUUCAGCCUGAUGUUGAAAGGGGCUCAUGUUAAGAAGCUGCUGACUCUCAGCAAUCUCUCUGUUUUCUACUGUAGAGAUAUUAAUGUUUUGUACAUGCAUGUCUUUGUGUAGGUUUUUAGAUCUGAAUGUUUGUUCUGUACAAUCAGCACAGUUUUAUUGAUCUGUUGGGUCUGGAUAUGUAAGGGAAGAUAUUUUAUUCCGUUUUUUGUGACAGUUUUAGAUAUUUUUCAUUGAACAAGCAUCAUAACUACAGAGUUUUUUUCCUCUCACUUCUACUUGUACUGUUUUUUCUUUUGUUGGCUCGCUGUCAGUGAAUUCUGUCUGUAAACUGAGUUUCAGUCACAGCUGAAAACCCAGGUAUAAUUUAACUGAAUUUACCACUCGAACCAUUUAAUUCCUGACAGUUAUUUCAACACCAGCUUUUAUGACAUGUAGCAAAGUCGACGUCCAGUAUUUUGGACCCAGUGGUUUUCCUCAGCGUCCUGGCCUCUGUUAGUGGGCCGCUGAGUGAGUCGGGGUCCACCGGUCAAGAAUCUGUCCCUGACCUCAGACAAACUCCUUCAUGUUGUUAUUACGUCCACUGUUUUCCUCAUGUGACCAGCUUUCAGCCAAUGAGCAUCAUGUUCUGACCAGUGAAGAUUUUCACUGACGAGGCUGAUACCUUCUUCCAGGAUCAAACAAGUCUGUAUUAGAGGAACCAGGUUAGAAUUAACAGGAUUAUCUAAUCAUGUUAAUUAGUUAAUUAGUCAAGAGAAGACCUGGCUCCUGUUAAAGUCUUUUUAUUUACCAGAAACAGCGGAAAAUAUUGUUUACAUCAUGUAGUUGUUGUCUUUAUAUUCACAGGUGUUUGUGUAUAAAACCUGUUCAUGAACUGGAGACUGAUUUUAAUUCUGUUUACAUCUGAUUACAGAUUAAAUAAAUAAAGUGUUAGUGCAG